CCGCCGGGCAGGGCCCUGAGAAAUUAGAAUGGCUUCCAGAGGAAAGACAGAGACAAGCAAGUUAAAGCAGAACUUAGAAGAACAGUUGGAUAGACUAAUGCAACAGUUACAAGACUUGGAGGAAUGCAGAGAAGAGCUAGCUACAGAUGAAUAUGAAGAAACCAAACAGGAGACGCUGGAGCAGCUGAGUGAGUUCAGUGACUCUCUGAAGAAGAUCGUGUCUGGGAACAUGACUCUGGUGGACGAACUCAGCGCCAUGCAGCUGGCUAUCCAGGCAGCGAUCAGCCAAGCCUUCAAAACCCCAGAGGUCAUCAGAAUGUUUGCAAAGAAACAACCAGGUCAGCUUCGGACAAGGUUAUCAGAGAUGGACAGAGACCUCGUGGUAGGAAAGCUGGAAAGAGACCUGUACACUCAGCAGAAGGUGGAGAUACUGGCAGCUCUCAGGAGACUCGGAGAAAAGCUGACUGUGGAUGACGAGGCCUUCUUGUCAGCACACGCAGGUGCUAUCCUCAGCCAGUUUGAGAGCGUCUCCACAGACCUUGGUUCUGGAGACAAAGUUCUUGCUUUGGCAAGUUCUGAGGUUGAAAAAAACAAGAAAAUGAUAUGAUGCAGAAGCUUGGGACUUUGACAUUCUUAUUGUAAAUGAUUUUUUUCUUCUGGGGACUUUAAGACAUUGGAAAGAAACCAAGCGGCCCGUGAAGUGUGAGAAUAACUAAGGAAAAAGUAGCUGUGGCUUCUGCUUACGUUCCUCAGCACUGUGCUUGCUGUGUGCGGCGGCCUGCUUGAGAGGGGGUCCUGGAUUAAACGGGGUCGGAGGAGCUCGCGAACUGUGCUCAUUGUGACUUGUCUGCUUGACAGAGAAUGGAAGACAGUCUGCUUUUGUUAAGAUGUCUUGUUUUUAAGUGCUAACAGUAAAUGAAACAAUAUGAACUAAUGAUUCUUUUCUACUCAUACUUUAUCCCCACUUGCUGGAGUGAAUAAUGUAGCUACAUCAGUAAUCCUUGUAUGUUGACAGAAUUUUAGAGUUCUGAUUAUAGAAAUAAUUUUUAUUUGACAAACAAGGAAAACAGAGGCUCAGAAAGAGCAAGUGACUCACUUUAUGUUACAGGGAAGUACUGCUGGGGUACUGACUCAGUGUUCAGUGAGUUCUAGUUCCUUGUGCUGCUUUAAAAAAGAUCAUUUGUACCUUGAAGAAUGAGGGGGAAAUAACAACAUAUUGUGGAAGUUUAUAUUUAUGAAAAUCCAACAUUGCAACAGAAAGUUGACAAUCAGGGCCCUUUCCCCAACUCACAAUUCUCAGCAUGAAUGGGGCCCAUUGUAUUGCUGAGUUUGGAGUCUGAGACAAGGGAGCCCUGUUGAGAGUCUCCUGAAGUAACUUAACCUCCUGCGUUGUUUCACCAGGGAGGCAGUUGGAGUUGGCAGCGAGAGGCUCUUCCAGUGUGUGACCUCUGUGCUGCACCAGGAGGGUGGUGACUGUGAGCUUCCAUUUACUCUCCGGCCAUUAGAGAAGCCAAGAGAGGCUGCGAGCAGACAGCUUCUCUCCUGAACAUUUACAUCUCUUCUCGUGCACACAGAUGGACUUCUUCAUGUGUGUGUGCGUUAGUUCAGUUCCUAGGCUCUAAACAGUUUAGUCUUUGUAUAUAUUUCUCAAUAUCUUUUUUCUCUGCACUUUAUACAAAUUAAAAGCAUUUUUAAAGCUUCUUACGUACUGUAAACUCUUAAUAGGUGCUCUGCCAAUGGAACAAAAUUAGGGACCUCUACUAUGUUAAUGCCUUACUUGGAGCUUUUGCUGGGUUUCAUUUUGUAUUUUGGUUUGUAAAGGGUGAAAGUGCACUGAAAUUGUGACAAACCAGAAAAGCCCACCACCUGCCAUUUGUCAGGGCUCUGUGGUCAACCACCAUUUCUUUAUUCUGUGGGAUUUUUCUUUUAACUGAAGUGACAUUCAUAUCACACAGAAUGUGAUGUGUCACAUAAAGUGUCGCUCAUUACACUUAGUAGACUCUUCAAGUUGUGCAGGGUGACCACUGCCGAGUUACAGACACUUCCUGACCCGCUCAGGCUCUCUCCAUCGCCUCCUCUUCUCAGGCUUUUAGCAGCUGAGCCACUGAUGUGCUGUCAGUGUCUGUGGACUCACCAUCAGAGAUUUUUGAAGAUGGAACUCCGCGGUAAUGCGUGACCCUUUGUGCCAGGCUUCUCUCACGGAGCGGAGUGCUGGUGAGGCUGGUCCACACGGUGGCCUGCGUUAGCACUUCAUUGUUUAAUGGCUGAACAAUAUUCCAUCAUGUGGAUACGUUGUCUUGACCCGUUUGUCUGAUUCCCCUCCCGCUUGGGGCUGUUGUGAAUAGUGCUGCUGUGAACAUUUGUAUAUGACUUUUUCUAUGUACUUGUGUUCAGUUCUUUUGACUCUAUAUCUAGGAUUGAAAUUACUGUGUUGUUGUUUUUUUAAACCCUCGCCAAUAUGUUUGGGAGGGGGGAUUUUAUAUUUGGAAGGGGUCUAGAUAAAUCUGGAAACCUUAACUUCAGUUUCCCUAAACUUUCUAUGAGAAUAACAUUAGUGAAACACUUUGCCAUUAAAGCCAUUAAUAAUACAAAUCAUAUUCAUUUUGUAAGUAAUAACAAAUGCUCAGUUUAAAAUUAGUCUUUCGAAGUGGCCAAGUUGGCAGUGCUUAGUAAAAACACUGUCAGGCAUGGCCACUUCACCUUUGGUAGGUUACUUAAUUUUUUUUUUUUUUUUUUUUGAGAGAGAGACCACAAGAUAGUGGGCCUUCCCUCAGUAUCCAUGUGAUACCUGGGCUCAAAGCCAGGCUGUGUGAAAAGUUUCUGCCCUACCAAGUGAGUUAUUUUCCAGCCUCCAGGCCAUUUAAUUUUUCUGAGCCUCAUUUUCCUCUUCUGGUCAAUGGAGAUAAUACAUAUAAUUCCCCUCUUCCUUAAUACAGAAGAAAAAAUGCUUUGGAGCUAAUCUACCACAUAAUAACGUACUAGUUCCAUAAUAUUUGACUUGUCCCACUAAAUAAUUUGAAAAGUGACCAAGUCUGGUGAAACUAGCUAUUAAACGGCUUGCCGUCUUUUCUGAUCGUAUCUUCCACGUCUAACCUGUGUCUUGGGCUUCUUCUCGGGAAGUCUCGGGCUAUAGCAGCAGGUGCCAAGACACUGGACUUCUGGCAUCUUUGGAUCAAGCCGGUAUUUUAGUGAAAAGAAUUUCUGCUUAUUUCAGAGAAUAGGGUUGGGACAGAGGUCGGUUCUCAGUGAGUAAGUGCCCAGCUGGCUGUUGAGUGAAAUCUGGUCAUUUCUAACACGUCCUGUGCUUCAUCGUUUUGCUCUUACCCACCGAGUGGCAAGAUGGGCACAGACCUGGAGUUGGGACAGAUGAGCCCUUCGCUUUCAUUCUGAGGCCUUUUACUAAAUUCAGUCUGGGACAGUCAUUUUUAACAAAGUAAAAGACUGCGACUUCAUUGAAAUGCUCUUACAGUAACUGAUGAAUAACUUGAACUUAUUCCAGAAAAAAUAAGCCCAGACCAUUUGCCUAGACUUUUCAACCACCUUCCUGUCCAUUCUUUUCAUUCCAUGACUAGGACCACAGAAUAUUCUUCUCUGCCUCUCAAAUGUUUGCCAGCAUUAGUAUGUAAAUUGAAACUAUCAGUGUUCCCAUGGGACACACCCCCCAACUUGCUGUAAUUGCUUCCAGUUUUGCCCUAGAAUUAAAAUGUUUUAGAAACUGUUAA